CCUUCAAUGGGACUAUUGCUGUUCUAAACUGCAGUGGAGAAAGCUUGUGGAAGCAUAUUUAUGGAUGGUAAAGCCAAGGACACGACCAAAUAUUCCUUUUGAGUUGUUGCAGCAACAUUUCGAUAAGACGUUGACUAAAGCCUCGUCGGACCUUGGAGUGAGCGUUUCUUACUUAAAGAGUGCUUGUAGGGUUUAUGGAAUAAAAAGAUGGCCUUAUCGAAAAAUACAGAAUCUUAAAACACUUGUACACUUUUUAAAAGAACAAGGACGAGGGAAAGGAUCUGUUUCAAUUGGCAAGGAAGAAAUAGAGAGGUUGAACAACAAAAUUAGGUCACUGUUACAUUCCCACUUGGAAGAGUGUCAAGCAACCUUGAAGAGUUUGGAGAAAAGUUCUCAGGAAAGAAGCAGUGUUGAGGAUUGGAUAAAAGGAAAAAAGAGUCAGGAGGAACCUGUUCUUGAUGUGCAAGAUACUCGUCGUUCAGCUGGGAGUUUUGACCCGAGCGUUGAUAAUUCCAAUGUAUUUGGUAGUCAAGAAUUGCUAGAUUCAAGGAUUGGAAGGGAACAAACUUUUGAAUUGAGAAACCAACGAGUAGCUGACAUAGCCAAUUCUCCACAAGUUCGAAGCAAUGGACUAAGAAGAAACCCAUCUCUAGUUUCCUCCUCAUUAACAGAAGCCUAUGACUUGGCAACUAAUGCUUCGAAUAUGCUUGAAUGGAAUCUUCCUGCUUUAGCUAUUCAUUUGGGUGUGGAUGGAAUUCGUAAUCUGGGACCUUCGAAGCUUGUACAGUUGGCUUGUGACUACUAUUACAAGCCUCUUCCUGACCCGUAUAUUCACACGAAUCAGGUUCAGAGCAAUGGACAAUAUUUAAAGUCGCUCAAUCAAAGGUUGAAAGUGUUACAGGAAGAGAAGCAACAAUUGGAAAAUACUCAUGCUCUUUUGGCGAGAACAUUUCGUGAAGCCUCCCUUCGAGAGUUGAGAAGAUAGUUGCUUAAAGACUUUUAAGAUGAAAGAACUCAAUGCUGAAACAAAAAGAAGGAAAUAUAUUUUUGUGUUCAGAAUCAUACUUCAUGUGAGCACUUGUUUCAACCUGAUUUUGAUUGGAGAAAUAAUGAUUGUUUGAAAAGCUGACUCCUUUAGCUUUUUGUGGAUAUGAAUACCUCUCCAACGUUCGAGAGAACUGUUGUUUUAUAAAAGUAAUUAGUCACAUCAUGAAUCUUAUACAACAAUUUUUACA